GUUUGAUAUCUCUGUCCCAUCAUUCAAGUAGUAGAUAAACACUGAAACACCGAAUCAUAUCAUAUAGCUUUUACAGAGAGAAACAAACAAACAAGAAGCCAAAACUUAGUACAGUAGAUAUUUAGAGAAAGCUCCAAGAGAUGGACGAUCAAGAACAGCAGAAGAAUUCACGAGUUAUUAAAGUCGAUUCUGCAGAAUCAUGGAACUUUUAUGUGAGUCAAGCCAAGAGUCAGGCUUGUCCUAUUGUGGCUCAUUUCACAGCAUCAUGGUGUAUUCCUUCUGUGUUUAUGAACUCGUUCUUUGAAGAUCUUGCCUCUAGCUAUAAGGAUGCUCUGUUUCUUAUAGUUGAUGUUGAUGAAGUCAAGGAAGUGGCGAGACGGCUAGAGGUAAAGGCGAUGCCGACGUUUAUGUUCUUGAAGGAUGGUAAUACGAUGGACAAACUCGUGGGCGCAAACCCUGAUGAGAUCAAGAAAAGAGUCGAUGAUUUCGUUCAGUCCUCACACCUUGUUCAUAUUGCUUAAAAGUAAAUUGAUAGAUGGUAAGAGAGUCCAAUCCUAAUAAAGUUUGUGUAAAAGUUUAUUUUAGUUUGUGUAAAGUGUAUUUAUAGCUUGUGUAAAGUGUAUUUUUACUCUUUUUAGUUUGUGAUUUUGUGUAAAAAAAAUGUCUGUGUGAAAUUGCAAGUGAAGUGUAAAUUUGUUUCUACACUUUUGCGUUGGCUGUGGGUGCUUUAAAGAGAUUGAUGUAUGUUUUUGCAUAAAAAUGACCUACGGGCAGUGAAAAUCUUAGAAAUGACAGUUUGUAUAUGUUCUAUAUGAGGUUGAGUGAAGAUUAGGC